AUGUUUCGGCGUAAGGGUGCGGCAGCACUGGUGCCUUCCAGGCUAAUUUUUCAGGAACAGUACAGCUGUGCGACAAGCAGGAGGCACACCCAUGCUGCUGCCGAUCAUGGCGGCGCUGCUGCGUACCAGGGCGUCUGUAUCACGGCGUCUUCAAGCACCUCAAGACGCAGCCGCGGCACGUCGAAUGUUUCGGCGUACUGCUGGAGCAGCAGUGGUGCCUUUCAUGCUAAUUUCUCACGAACGGCCCAGCUGUACCACAAGCAGGAGGUACGCAUGGUGCUGCUGCCUACCAUGGCGGCGCUGCUGCAUAUCAAGGCGUCUUUCAGCCUCCCACACCCCCCCCAGCGGGCCGUCGAAUGUUUCGGCGUAAGGGUGCGGUAG